AUGCCCGAGCACGAAAAGUACCAGUUGCGUCCGCGGGCUGCGCGGAGUCGCGAACCGCGCGCCCGCAGGACUCCGCAACCGCUCAGCAAGUACAGGAGGAAAACUGCAAACGCCCGCGAGCGCAGCCGAAUGCGGGAGAUCAAUCGCGCCUUCGAGGCUUUACGUAGGGCCGUGCCUGCUUCGGAAAUCACCGGAACUCCUGUACCCUGCGAGAAACUCACGAAAAUCACCACCCUGCGCCUCGCAAUGCGGUACAUAACGGCUCUUUCUGCUGCUCUAAGAGACUCGAGUCCUGACCGGGAUGCUGAACAAAGACCUGAACGGUGGCCGUCACCUCUCUGCUCGGAUCUGUCAGAAUUCUCAACGGAACAAGAAACUCCUUCGGAAUUUGCCGAAGAUUCCUUAUCGCCUUUUGACACCUUCUUUGCGGAAUUCGACUACGUGGACAUUGACAGGACAUUCGCGUGA